AUGAGCACUCGUCUCAUUCCAUCGGCCGCCGUGUCUACCUUCAGAGACUCUUCCGGACUCCCUGUGCCUCCCUCGGCGAGUAACAGUAACACAGACGAACUCGCUCCAGCAGGCCAGCGAAUCAUACGUAAAAGCUCCCGCACACUUUCCCAGAGGGCAGCUAGCGGUGAAGUAGGCGCUCGAUUGGACUCUCUGUCCAUGGAUGACGUAGAGCGCGCCCUUAGGAAGACUCAACUGCCUGACACUGAGGUGUCUCUGCUCAGUCUGCUUCAGAAGCCAGAGACGAAUCAAGCGGACGUUGUCAAGCAGAUCCUGAAUCACAUGGCUGAUCACGCAGAAGAGCACGCACUACAAAUGGCAUUGGUGUGGCGCUACGCAAAAGAGCAUGAAGUAUGGAAGAGCUGUACAAAUCCAGAUUGGCGAACCGAAGACUCCUUUCUAGACAGUCUCGACGGAAACCAGACCGUAAGACUAUGUAUCCAGUUUGGGACGUCCACGGACGUCGCACGCCGGGGAAAGAUCAACAUCAUCCGGCGAAACUGGGGAGAGGACUGGUAUGAUCAUGCGCGUCAGAAAGACCUCUUUCCGCCUGCGGAGCGCGGAGCAGCAAGUCUCUCGAAAAACAUGCUUAGACUCAUCGCCAGUGUGAGCAGCUCUGUACAUCUAAGCCAGGCAUUAGAAUUUCUAGAGCACGCUAUACAAGACCGGACAGCGAUUGGAUCGCGGAAAUCUUUGGGCUGGAAAGCUGCAACGACGACCUAUCUUAUGCUUUGCGACGUGCAGUUACUAAUUGCGCACAUUGAGGAACAUCGGCCAACGUCUGCGACGAAGACGCCGCACAAGACACAGUCUGCGGGCUCAGAUGAAGAAUCUCUGGAGUUAAUUAGCUCAAAGGGCAUAUCAAGUCUCUCUUCUUUUGAAAGCUCUAUGCAGUUAAGAAGUGAGGCAACUCGUUCAACAACAAGGGCGAGAGGGAAGCCGCGGCCGCCAGGCAAGGGGAGAAAAGCGAAGUCCCAGACGACAGAUGAUAUCCAGCAGCUGCGAAUGCUUCUCCAAGAGGAAGCGGCGAGGAGAUCUGGAGAAAGACAGCCACGGAGCAUCGCCAGCAACAACAGCGACAUACAAGUGACCGGGCAGGAAGGUCGGAGCAGCGAAACAGUCACGGCGACUACGGCGUCACAGGCAGGCAAGCGGAAAACCGUCGAGCCCUUGCAACUGGACAAUGAGACCUCUCGUGAGAAGAGAGCUCGGAUACGAAUGGACCGGCGACAGUCAAUACUGGACGUCCCCAAUCCGCCUCUUGCGGGUGUAGAUGGCAACAUAAUCACAGCCAUACCUCGGCAGGGGCUUCCACCAAAUGGUCGGCAAGACCAUUCAACGGCUACAGACACGCAGGUUGACCGCGCCCAAGAAGAGAACAUGGAUUCGCAUGUCGUGAGAGACAUCGCGCCGCCACGAGAUUCCAGGCGUCAGAGCUCUACAAAUUCUCCUACGGCUGAAUUCGUCGAAUCUGUUGCUAAUGCGAGCGCCUUCGCACGUUUGGAACAAGCUACUGGUCCUAGCGAAAAGCAACAGGACCAACCUCUAGACUCUGACAACACUUGCGCAUCAUGUGCUGGAAAUUGUUUGGUCUGCGAGAUACCAUCAGGUUUUAAGGAAUUAGAGCGUCGAGACCUAUAUCUGGCUGCCCACCGGGCCUUGGAGCUGGAGGCGGAAGCCCCUAACGCUACAGUGCGCAAAUGGAUCAAGCCCAUCAGAUACGCCAGUUGGAGCGUUGGAUUACUCCAGGGUCCUGGAGAAGUGUGUUUAUUGUCGGAAAAGAGCUUCUUAUCUCAGAUGAGGGGGAAAGGCCCUCUAUCGCGGCCCAUCAUUAUUAGAGACAGCUUCGAUGAUGCCGAUGAAUGGUCUGCGACGAGGUACGCGGAUCAGCUGGAUAUGGCUUUUGCCGACCUGGAAGUCGACGUCCGUUGGCAUCAAGUCCCGGAGCCAGUGAGGGAAAAGGUCCCUAAAAUGAGCCGCCUGUGCCGGGCCUCCCCACCCACCUUGUUGGGAAAUCCACCUAAUAUGCUGAAUCUACCGGACCUUACUGGAGCCAUCGCGCCGGCCUUUCUUCGACAAGAUCGAUUUCGAAUGCUAGAUCUCUUAAUCGAGCGCUGCAAGGCAGAUUCUAUCAAACACUUGGGGAAGCAACUUCAUCUGUCGCCUUUUGACGUGGGAGGCAGCCGAAGGUUCAAUAUUCUUGGUUGGCCAGGUGCAUUCUCUGGUGCUCACGUGGACAGCACGGGAGCGACAUGGGUCCGCAAUCUCUUUGGACAGAAGCUUUGGAUGUUUGUGCCCGAGGAUCUAAUGACUCCCGCCGACUGGGAAGAGCUUGCAACAGACGGUGAUGACUGGAACCCUGGCAACAAAGCCCGAGCCGUUGUGCUACAGCCGGGAGAUGUGUUUGUGAUGAGACCUGGUCUUGUCCAUGCUGUAUACACGCUCGGCGAUUCCGGACCUAGCCUAAUGAUAGGUGGAUUCUUCUUGGACAACUACGAUCUCAUUCACACUCUCCAAACAUUUUACAAAAUUGGGAAGAAUCAACGCAGUACGAAUGAGCCUAUUUCCUAUCAGUUCGCACAUAUUAUCUGGAGCUUGGAGCGCAUUAUUCGAAGGAACUCUGCACCAUACUUCUCGACUCCAGAGGAUCUAGAUGUAUUUACGGACUUGAUAACAAAACUUCGUGGACUCGGCUGCGAUUGCUCAGAGUGUGACGAAGAAUGCAUGUGUGCACGUGACGGUCGUCGUUGUACGCCGCUCUGCUUGGUGCACAUCUUUGGUGAUAGGCGAUUUACCGAAAAGCCGGGUGUGGCGAAAAGCGGAACUCAGCCCUGA